UUAGAGAAGUCCUUAGAAAAAAUGCUCAAAGAUUGGGAAGGCAUGGAGUUUAUGGUGAUGCCAUAUAAGGACUCGGGAACAUUCAUUGUAGGAGGAAUAGAUGAAAUCCAAAUGAUCCUUGAUGAGCAAACAGUGAAAAUUUUAUCUAUGUGUGCAUCUCCAUUUGUGAAGCCCUUUGAACAUGAAGCAUUUGCAUGGAGAAAAUUGAUUUUGGACCUCCAAUCUUUGGUAGACAAUUGGAUUACUUGCCAAGGCACAUGGCAAUACUUGGGCCCCAUUUUUGGGUCUAGAGACAUAAUGCGCCAAAUGCCAACUGAAGGUGAGUUGUUUCAAAUCGUUGAUCAAACUUGGAGGGACGUGAUGAAAAAAACUUAUGCAGUUCCCAAUUGUUUAGAAUGUGGCAAAGACUUGGAACGCCUUUCAAGGCUCCAAGAAGCAAAUCGCAUAUUAGAACUUGUAAACAAAGGCUUGGCUCAAUACUUGGAGGUGAAAAGAAUUGCUUUUCCAAGAUUCUUUUUCCUAUCAAAUGAUGAAAUGCUGGAGAUUCUAUCAGAAACCAAAGACCCAUUGCGGGUUCAACCUCAUUUAAAGAAAUGCUUUGAAGGAAUCAGUUCACUGCAAUUUGAGUCCAAUUUGGAUAUCACUGCUUUGAUAUCUGCUGAGGGAGAAAUUGUUCCUCUUGUGGACAAGUUCAAUCCCAAGGCCGCUCAAGGAUCAGUAGAAAAGUGGCUAUUACAGGUAGAAGAAGGCAUGUUACAAUCCAUCCAAGACCAAUGUGAAAGAGGGGUGCAAGCAUAUGUGGUAGUGCCAAGAAUGCAAUGGAUAUUAGAAUGGCCAGGACAAGUGGUAUUGGUGGCGAGUGCCAUCUAUUGGACCGCAGACACAACUCAAUGCAUCAAGAGUGGCGGAAAUGCGGUGUCGGAGUUUGAAGGAGUAUGCACAAAGCAAUUGGGGGGUGUGGUUGGCUUGGUGCGGGGAGAAUUGACGGGGCUUAAUCGGAUGACGUUGAGUGCGCUUGUGGUGAUGGAUGUGCAUGCGAGGGACACGGUGCAUCUCUUGGCAGUGGAGUGUGUGACACAAGAAAGUGAUUUUUGUUGGCAAAGCCAAUUGCGUAUGUAUUGGGAGAAACACACUUGCAUGGUAUGCAUGAUGAAUGCCACCAUUGAGUAUGGCUAUGAGUAUCUCGGGAAUUCCUCUCGCCUUGUUAUUACUCCCCUCACAGACAGAUGUUAUCGCACAUUAAUGGGUGCAAUUCAUCUGAAUCUAGGAGGAGCUCCAGAAGGUCCUGCAGGAACAGGAAAAACUGAGACUACUAAGGAUUUAGCAAAGGCUCUUGCAAGACAGUGUGUAGUCUUCAAUUGCUCUGAUAGUUUAGAUUACUUUGCCAUGGCCAAAUUUUUUAAAGGGCUUGCUGCUUCUGGAGCAUGGGCAUGCUUUGAUGAGUUCAACCGAAUUGAUCUUGAAGUCCUCUCUGUUGUGGCUCAACAAGUGCUAGAAAUCCAACUUGCAGUUCAAAAUAAAGUCAAAACAUUCAUGUUUGAAGGAUCAGAAUUAACGUUGAGACCCACCUGCAAUGUUUUUAUUACAAUGAAUCCAGGAUACGCUGGCCGUUCUGAAUUGCCCGAUAAUCUUAAAGCUUUGUUUCGAACUGUGGCCAUGAUGGUUCCUGAUUAUGCCAUGAUUAGUGAAAUCAUGUUAUAUAGCAGCGGCUACUUACAAGCACGAGACUGUGCGAGGAAGAUCGUUGCAACGUAUCGCCUGUGCAGCGAGCAGUUGUCAAGCCAAGAUCACUACGACUAUGGAAUGAGGGCGGUGAUGGCGGUGCUGCGAGCAGCAUCCAACUUAAAGCAACGCUACCCAGACGAGGAGGAGUUCAUCCUCAUGCUCCGAUCCAUCAUCGACGUGAACCUCUGCAAGUUUUUGUCGCAAGACGUGCCGUUGUUCAAUGGCAUCGUGUCGGAUCUGUUCCCUGGUGUGGUGCUCCCCGAGCCUGACUACACGUUGCUCGACAAGGCGAUGUCGGCGAACUGUAAGCUCAUGAACCUGCAGUUCACGGCAUACUUCAUGUUGAAACUCAUCCAGCUGUAUGAAAUGAUCAUCGUGCGGCACGGGCUCAUGCUCGUCGGGCUUUCCUAUUCGGGGAAGACGAGCGCAAUCAGGGUGCUACAGAAGUCCCUCUCGGACAUGUCGGAAUGGGGUAACAACAAUGAACGCAAAGUUUAUGUGUCAACGGUGAACCCGAAGUCGGUGACCAUGGGGCAGUUGUAUGGGCAAGCGGAUCCCAUGACGGGAGAAUGGGUGGACGGAGUGUUGGCUGUGCGGUUCCGAGAGCAAGCUUCCGAACCUACUAACGAUCGCAAAUGGAUUAUCCUCGAUGGUCCUGUGGACGCCAUUUGGAUUGAAAACAUGAACACCGUGCUGGAUGACAACAAGAAGCUCUGCCUUCCCAACAGUGAAAUUAUCCAAAUGUCCUCCUCCAUGAACAUGAUCUUUGAGGUGGGAGACCUUGCGGUGGCAUCUCCGGCAACAGUAAGCCGGUGCGGGAUGGUGUACUUGGAGCCACACCAAAUGGGAUGGGCGCCGUUGAUGAAAUCAUGGAUGCACACGCUGCCCCCGACCAUCGCUGGAGACAACCGGAAGCACCUGCAAGGGCUGUUCGAGUGGAUGGUCGGGGGCUCGCUGCGGUGCGUUCGGAGGAACGUGAAGGAGAUCUCCCCGACGUCCGACGCAUCUCUAGUCACAUGCCUGAUGCGAACCUUCGACAGCGUGACGCGAGAGAUCCGCACCGCGGAGGGCGCCGCCAACGUGGGCAAAGAGCGCCUCGUGAAGUGGAUCGACGCCCUGUUCCUCUUCUCCCUGGUGUGGUCCAUCGGCUGCACGGGCGACAACGAGGGCCGCGUCGUCUUCGACAAGUUUCUACAAGACCUGGUGGUGGGCAUCAUACCCGACGGCUUCGAUCUGGUGGUGCCGGCGCACCACGACGCGCUGCUCUUCGACAUGUUCCCGAACAACAAAGGCGAGUUCACGGUCUAUGACUUCAUGUUCGACAAACCCACCUGCAAGUGGCGCACCUGGGUGGACACGAUCACUCCAGAGCCGAUCCCUGAUGGCGCGUCCUUCGAUCAGCUGAUCAUCCCCACGAAAGACCAGCAACGGUACACGUAUUUGCUAGACAAAGGUGUGAUGCACGGAAGCGCACUGCUGCUGGUGGGCGGCACAGGCACGGGUAAGACGGUGUAUGUGUUGCGGCAUUUGCUGAAGGGGCUGGCUCGGGACGUGUUCACCAGUCUGCUGGUGGUGCUGUCGGCGCGCACCUCGGCCAACAUGGUGCAGAGCCAGAUCGACAACUCGCUCGAUCGCCGGCGCCGUGGCGUGUUCGGACCCCCUGUCGGCAAGAAAUCCAUCAUCUUCGUCGAUGACUUGAACAUGCCGCAACCGGAGGUUUAUGGAGCUCAACCACCCAUUGAACUACUUCGACAAUAUAUGGACUUUGGAGGAUGGUAUGGAAGAGACAAUGACUUUCGCACAUUGGUUGAUUGCCAAUUUGUGGCUGCCAUGGGUCCUCCAGGAGGCGGACGGAGUUUUGUUAGCAAUCGAUAUUUGCGACAUUUUAAUCAAAUUGGAGUAGCCUUGGUUGGCGAAGAAUCUUUACACCUGAUAUUCUCAACAAUCCUUGAAUGGCACUAUUCUGUCAAAAACGACUUUCCUGUGGACAUCAAAAAGUGUUUGAAUGGAGUCAUUGUGGCAACUCUGGAUAUUUAUAAUGAAGCCAAAAAUAAACUGUUGCCCACUCCAACAAAACCUCACUAUACAUUUAAUCUGCGUGAUUAUGCUCGAGUUAUCCAAGGAAUAAUGUUGCAAGUUCCAGACACAAUUCCAAUUGGGAAAUCAGGUGAGGACCAACACAUACGUCUUUGGGUCCAUGAGGUGCUUCGGGUUUUCUAUGAUCGUUUGGUUGAUGACCAAGACCGAGAUUGGAUGCUUAAUUAUCUUUGCAAAAUGACUAAAAAACACUUCAAAAAAGACUUCCAUCAACUUUUUGAGCACCUUCUUGGUGAUGGAGUCUCAAAAAUUACACAAUUUGAAUUGCGGCGAAACUUUUUUGGGGAUUACACAAUUGAAGAUCCAGAGGAAAGAAAAUAUAAUGAGAUUACAGAUAUUUCAGCAUUAAUCAAACAAGUAGAAACAUAUUUAGCAGAUUUCAAUGGAGUCAGCAAAAGGCCUAUGAAUUUGGCCAUCUUUCUUUUCGUGGUAGAGCACGUGUCUCGCAUUUGUAGGGUUCUAAAACAACCUGGAGGCCACAUGCUCCUUGUUGGAGUUGGAGGCAGUGGACGCCAGAGUUUGACACGACUUGCUGGUGCCAUCUAUGGAAUGGAAGUUUUCCAAGUAGAAAUAAGUAAAAGCUAUGGCAAGAUAGAAUGGCGGGAUGAUUUAAUGUUGAUGUGUAAAAAAGCCGGCGCGGAUCCAUGCAUCCCAAGUGUGUUUUUGUUUAGUGACACUCAAAUAGUGGAUGAGGGAUUUGUUGAGGAUAUUAACAAUUUGUUGAAUUCUGGAGAAGUGCCAAAUAUGUAUCCAAGUGAUGAAAAAGCCCUAAUCAUGGAGGCCGCACGAGAUAAAAGCUCAAAGGCCGGUUUGCUUUUAGAGACUAUGGCUGAUGUUUGGAAGUAUUUUGUUGACAAAACCAAAGCCAACUUGCAUAUCAUUUUUGCAAUGAGUCCAGUAGGCCAAUCAUUCAAGGAUCGUCUCCGCCAAUUCCCAUCACUUGUCAAUUGUUGCACCAUUGAUUGGUUUCAGGAGUGGCCAAAUGAUGCAUUAGAGGCUGUUGCUUUGAAAUUCUUGACGCCAAUGGAUCUGGAGCAAGAAAUGUGUGAUAGUAUUGUUACCAUAUGUAAAACAUUUCAUGAAUCUGUUCGUAAUUAUUCACUUGAGUACAAAGAGAGCCUAGGCCGAUUCAAUUAUCUCACCCCCACCUCAUUUCUGGAGCUUAUUUCUAGCUUUCAGUCUAUUUUACAAUCGAAGAGGAAAGAGAAUGUACAACAAAAGAAGAGAUAUGAAGUUGGAUUAGGAAAGCUUGCAUCUAGUUCUCAACAGGUUGCCGCAAUGCAAGCAGAACUCACAGACUUGAUGCCCAAACUCAUUAAAACGGUCGGCGAAGUGGAAGUGAUGAUGAACGUAGUGGAAAAAGAAAAAGUGGAGAAGGUGGAGCCAAAGAAGGCGGUGGUGAUGGUAGACGAGGCCGAGGCAAACAAAGCAGCGAGCGCAGCCAAAGUGAUCAAGGAUGAGUGCGAGGCCGCACUGGCCGUGGCGAUGCCAGUGCUAGAAGAGGCACUUGCAGCGCUGGACACGCUCUCCGUGAACGACAUCAACUACGUGAAGAAGCUGGCAAAUCCUCCCUACCUUAUCAAGCUAGUGCUGGAGGCUGUUUGCGUAAUCCUGGAGGUGAAGCCUGCCAAAGUACCCGACGGCAAAGGAGGCCAGAUCAUGGACUUCUGGAAGCCCUCCAUCAUCCUCCUGAAUGACAAAAACUUCCUCCAAAACUUGAAGGACUACGACAAGGAUAACAUUAAAGCCCCCAUCAUCGAUAAGAUCCGCAACGUGUAUGUUGCCAACCCGGAGUUCACGCCUGCUAAGGCUGCCAACGCGUCGGCUGCUGCAGAGGGCCUCUGCAAAUGGAUCAUCGCCAUGGAUAAGUAUGACGCCGUUGCGAAAGUUGUGGCCCCGAAGCGAGCAAAGCUCAUGGAGGCGGAGGCGGCGUACGAGACUGUUAUGGUUGGGUUGCGCGAAAAGCAAGCGGACUUAAAAGGCAUCCUUGCGAAACUGCAGGAGUUGGAAGAUGAUCUUGACUCUAACAUGAUUAUGAAGGAAACUCUGCAGCAUGAAGUGAAGAUGUGCACGAUAAAGAUUGAGCGUGCGGAGCAGCUCAUCGGUGGACUUAAAGGUGAAAGAAUCCGGUGGAUUGCUCAAGCCAAAGAGUUGGGCGAAGCGUAUCCAGCGUUGACUGGAGACAGCCUGCUCUCCGCCGCCAUUGUGGCUUAUCUUGGUGCUUUUACCUCUGGAUACCGGCAGAGGAUUUUAGAGGCGUGGAGGAAGAUUAUCAAAGACCUGAGAAUCCCUCAUUCAGCGAAUUACACUUUAACAUCUAAACUAGGGAAUCCAGUUGAGAUCCGAGAAUGGAUGAUUUUCGGACUACCCAAUGAUCCUGUGUCGGUUGACAACGGUAUCAUUGUUGCCAAUGCUCGUCGCUGGCCUCUCAUGAUCGAUCCCCAGGGUCAAGCAAAUAAGUGGGUGAGAAACAUGGAAAAGGAACGAAACCUACAAAUCAUUAAACUCGGCACGGACUAUAUACGAACGCUUGAGAACGCCAUUCAAUUCGGUCAACCUGUUCUUCUCGAGAACAUUGGCGAAGAACUCGAUCCUUCCCUGGAGCCUGUGCUGCUGAAACAAAUUUUCAAAUCAGCUGGAAUGAUGUGCAUCAAGCUUGGCGACACCAUAGUCGAAUAUAACAACGACUUCAAGUUCUACAUAACAACAAAGCUGCGGAACCCGCACUAUCUCCCGGAAACUUCCGUGAAAGUGACGCUGUUGAACUUCAUGAUCACGCCGGAGGGCUUGGCGGAUCAGUUGCUGGGGGUGGUGGUGGCGCAAGAGCUGCCGGACCUGGAGCGGCAGAAGAAUGAGCUUGUGCUUAGUGGCGCGGAGAACAAGCGGAAGCUGAAGGAGCUGGAGGACCAGAUCCUGGAGGUUCUGUCCAACAGUGAGGGGAACAUCCUGGAAGACGAGUCCGCCAUCCGAAUCAUUUCGGAAGCCAAAAUCGUCGGUACCGACAUCGGAAUAAAACAAGCUCAAGCAGAGAUCACCGAGAAGGAGAUUGACGAGGCUCGGAAAGGUUAUGCUCCCUCCGGAGUGUACACUGCUGUUCUGUUUUUUUGUAUAUCCGACCUGGCUAACAUUGAUCCCAUGUAUCAAUACAGUUUGCCCUGGUUUGUGUCUUUGUUCAUCAUGUCUAUUCAAAACAGUGACAAGACCACCGACUUGGGGAAGCGGCUUGAUAUCAUUGCGGCACAUUUUCUAUACUCACUUUACCUAAAUGUUUGCCGAUCACUGUUUGAAAAGGACAAACUAUUAUUCUCGUUGUUGUUAUGUACAAGACUGCUCAGAAUGCGUGGGGAGGUGAACCUUCAAGAUUGGCUAUUCUUUCUCACGGGGGGGAUGGCCAGUAAUGAACCAGCUCCAAAUCCAGCUCCAAGCUGGAUUACUGGAAGGUCAUGGACAGAACUUGACCGACUAUCCAAGGUUGCGGCCUUCAGAGGCUUAAGUGAUCACGUUGCAGCCAACCUCCCUGACUGGAAAGCACUGUUUGACUCGCUGGACCCGCACAAGAUGCUCUUACCUGGAUCGCUUGCCAGCCGACUAACGGGGUUCCAGAAGCUACUGGUGCUGCGUUGCUUGCGCCCAGACAAAGUCAUCCCUGCCAUCCAAGACUUUGUGAUAGAGAAUUUGGGGGCGAAGUUCGUGCUGCCACCGAAUUUCAACCUGGAUGCUUGUUACCGGGACUCCAGCGCAUCGUGCCCGCUGAUCUUUGUGUUAUCCCCAGGAAGCGACCCAACUGCUGCUUUGCUAAAGUAUGCAGCCGACAUGGGAAUGUCAGAAAAGUUUGCGCCCAUUUCUCUUGGUCAAGGCCAGGGACCCAAGGCCAAGGUUCUCAUUGCCGAUGCCCAGACUUCGGGUUCGUGGGUGCUCCUCCAGAAUUGUCAUUUGGCACCAUCAUGGAUGCCCGAGCUAGAAAGGAUUUGCGAAAGUGCUGGUUCUGAUUGCAACCAAGACUAUCGAUUGUGGAUGACCUCAUAUCCUAGCCCAAAGUUUCCGAUCACAAUUUUACAGAAUGGGGUUAAAAUGACGAACGAACCACCGAAAGGUCUCCGCGCCAACAUAAGAAGGUCCUACUUGCUGGAUCCAAUUGCUAACAAGGAGUUUUUCGAGAGCUGUAACAAACCUCAACUCUUCAAAAGCUUGUUAUUUGGGUUAUGUUUCUUCCAUGCUGUGGUGCAAGAGCGCCGGACAUUUGGCCCGUUGGGGUGGAACAUCCCCUACGGAUUUGACGAUGGAGAUCUACGAAUCAGUGUGAGGCAGCUUCACAUGUUUAUCAACAACACAGAAGAAGGCAAACAAAUCCCAUUGGAAGCAUUGAAUUACGUCACAGGAGAGUGCAACUAUGGAGGGCGAGUGACAGAUGACAAGGAUAGGAUCCUGCUAACGACCAUUCUGCGAACUGUGUAUUGCAUGAAAAUGAUGGAGGAAGGGUACGCGUUGUCGGAGUCUGGCCUCUACCGAACGCCUCCAGUGGGGAGUUUGGAAGAUUACAUGGCUUAUGUGGAGACCUUCCCUGUGAUUCCAGCCCCGGAAGCCUUUGGAUUGCACUCAAACGCAGACAUCACCAAGGAUAUGAACGGAACUACUUUGAUCUUGUAUUCGUUGCUGCUUGCUUCAUCAGAUGCAAUCGGUACUGGAGGAAAAGCGGGGGGCAGUGGAGGAGGUGGAGGGGUCAAAUCGGUGGUGUUAGCGAUGAUCAAAAACUUGCCACCUAAUUUCGACAUAGAAACCACGCAGCUCAAGUACCCAGUUCUGUAUGAAGAGAGCAUGAACACCGUUCUAACGCAGGAAAUGACUCGCUUCAACAAGCUGCUCUCGACGAUUCGUGUCUCUCUGCAGACAAUAGAGAAGGCCAUCGAUGGAUUGGUGCUCAUGUCCGGAGCUCAGGAAGAAGCGUUUCGCAGCAUUCAAGUCAACAUGCUCCCUGCCAUGUGGGCGAAGGUUUCGUAUCCAUCGAUGAAGCCGCUGGCGUCGUACAUGAAAGACCUUCUGGAACGUAUUGAGGUGCUGCAAACCUGGUAUGAGGUGGGGAGGCCAGCGGUGAACUGGAUCAGUGGAUUCUUCUUUGCGCAGUCCUUCAUGACAGCCGCCUUGCAGAACUACGCCAGGCGCAAGAAGCUUGCCAUCGACGGCAUCGGUUUCGAGUUUUUCAUGCUGGACAACGAGCCAACAGAGGUCCCCACCGACGGUGCUUACAUCAAGGGCUUGUUUCUGGAGGGCUGUGCCUGGGAUUCCGUCCAAAAGGUGUUGUGCGAGUCCCAGCCCAAGAUUCUUCACAUCCCAGCGCCGUGCAUCAAGUUGCAGCCUGCAUUGCUGGCGAACAUUGUGCCGGGUCAAGUGUACAACUGCCCUGUGUAUCGCACGGGAGAGCGUAGGGGAGUGUUAGCCACCACGGGUCACUCCACAAACUUUCUCAUGAGCAUCAGGGUGCCGUCUUCGCAGCCAUCCAGUCACUGGACUCGUCGCGGAGUCGCCAUGCUGUGCAGUCUCAACGACUAACCACAAACCCCCUCAUCUUUUUUCUGCUGCUGCUGGUGAUGGUGGUCAUCGACUUCAUCACUAAUCCGAACUGGGUGCGAAGCUUGACGGUCUGUCAUAUACGGUUACGCCCUCUACAGCAUCCAGCUUGCAAAGCAUCACUCUUGCUCAUGAAGUUGCUCUAAACUCAGAGAGAGAGUUAGGGAGGAGCAAAACAGUCACCUUGUGCAACUUUGGUUGUAAUAGAAACGACGUAGUGCUAUGGUAUCACGUGGAAGUUAGUGCUUGUAGUAGACUGAUGCUUGUGGUCGAUUAAGUACAAGGUAGACAAACCAUUUUUGAUAAUUUAAGCAUUUUAGCAUAUAUCUAGUAGGUAUAAAAAUGGAGAAAAAAAAAUACUUCCAUGAAGUAAAAUAGAAAUCAAGAGGAUUCCAAAUGUUUUCAUACAAUUUGGUCCGAAGACAAAAUUUAUAUAGAUGUUUUAGAUAAAGAUUCUCUUUGA